AUGCACAUAAAAGAGAUAUGUUUGGAAGGGUUCAAAUCAUACGCAAUGAGGACGGUGGUAUCUGGUUUCGAUCCGCAUUUCAACGCGAUAACGGGUUUGAAUGGAUCGGGUAAAUCCAACAUCCUCGAUUCAAUCUGUUUCGUUUUGGGUAUCACCAAUCUUCAACAGGUUCGAGCGGCUAAUCUCCAAGAGCUCGUUUACAAGCAAGGACAAGCUGGGAUUACUAAAGCCACUGUGUCGGUUACCUUUGACAAUUCCGAGAGACACAGAAGCCCUCUCGGCUACGAGGAGCAUCCGGAGAUUACUGUGACUAGACAAAUUGUAGUUGGUGGUCGGAACAAGUAUUUGAUAAAUGGGAAGCUUGCACAACCAAGUCAAGUCCAGAAUCUAUUCCACUCUGUGCAGCUUAAUGUCAACAAUCCACACUUUCUCAUCAUGCAAGGACGAAUCACCAAAGUCUUGAACAUGAAACCUCCCGAGAUNCUAUCCAUGCUUGAGGAAGCUGCUGGAACAAGAAUGUAUGAAAACAAGAAAGAAGCUGCAUUGAAAACGCUUGAGAAAAAGCAAACAAAAGUUGAUGAGAUAAACAAGCUUUUAGAUCAUGAGAUAUUGCCGGCUUUAGAGAAACUGAGGAAAGAAAAAGCGCAGUAUAUGCAGUGGGCUAAUGGUAAUGCAGAAUUGGAUCGACUAAAGAGGUUCUGNAUUGCNUUNGAGUAUGUUCAAGCAGAGAAGAUCAGAGACAAUGCUNUUCAUGGGGUUGAAGAAAUAAAGGCNAAACUCACUAAUAUUGACGAGGAAGNAGAGAAGACACAAGUAGAANUACAGGAAAUUGAGAAACAAAUAAAAGCUCUGACUCGGGCAAAGGAAGCCAGCAUGGGGGGAGAAGUAAAAACUCUGUCAGAGAAAGUGGAUUCACUGUCUCAAGAAAUGACACGUGAAUCAUCAAAACUUAGCAAUAAGGAGGACACCCUCCUGGGAGAAAAAGAGAAUGCUGAAAAGAUUGUUCAUAAUAUAGAAGAUCUGAAGAAAUCGGUAACAGAGAGAGCCUCUGCUGUGAAGAAGUCUGAGGAAGGAGCGGCAGACCUAAAACGAAGANUCCAGGAACUCUCNACCNCAUUGGAAGAGUGUGAAAANGAGCACCAGGGCGUACUAGCUGGUAAGAGUAGUGGAGAUGAAGAGAAAUGCUUAGAAGAUCAACUNCGGGAUGCCAAGAUUGCUGUUGGAACAGCAGGAACAGAGUUGACACAGCUGAAAACCAAAAUAGGACACUGCGAAAAGGAGCUAAAUGAGAGAAAGUCUCAGUUAAUGUCAAAGCGUGAAGAAGCUGUUGAAGUUGAGAAUGAACUUGGUUCUAGAAAAAACGAUGUGGAACGUCUAACAAAGGCACUUGAAUCUAUUCCGUACAAAGAUGGUCAAAUGGAGGCUUUGGAGAAGGACUGCGGAUCUGAACUUGAAGUUGUGCAAAGGCUGGAAGAUAAUGUGCGUGGUUUAUCAGCUCAAUUAGNAAAUGUUCAGUUUACAUACCGCGAUCCUGUGAGGAACUUUGACCGAUCAAAGGUGAAAGGUGUGGUNGCAAAACUAAUAAAAGUAAAAGAUAGAAACUCAAUGACAGCNUUGGAGGUUACUGCUGGUGGGAAGUUGUAUAAUGUUGUUGUAGACUCNGAAGAUACUGGAAAACAGCUCCUUCAAAACGGUGCUCUUAGGAGAAGAGUUACAAUUAUACCUCUGAACAAAAUUCAAUCUUAUGUUGUUCAGCCUAGAGUGCAGCAAGCAACUGCUAGAUUGGUUGGAAAAGAUAAUGCAGANCUGGCACUUUCUUUAGUCGGUUAUAGUGAGGAAUUAAAGAAUGCAAUGGAGUAUGUUUUUGGCUCCACUUUUGUUUGCAAAACUACUGAUGCAGCAAAGGAAGUUGCUUUUAAUCGGGAUAUUCGGACUCCAAGUGUCACACUUGAAGGUGAUAUUUUCCAGCCAAGUGGUCUUCUCACUGGUGGGAGUCGCAAGGGUGGAGGUGAUCUCCUUAGGCAACUUCAUGACCUGGCAGAAGNCGAAUCUAAAUUACAAGGACACCAGAAAAGGUUGGCUGACAUUGAAGCGCAGAUCAAAGAACUUCAGCCUCUUCAUAAGAAAUUCACUGACGUUAAAGCACAGUUGGAGCUAAAAACGUAUGACUUGUCCUUAUUUCUGAAGAGGGCUGAACAGAAUGGGCAUCACAAGCUUGGUGAAGCAGUGAAAAAACUUGAAGUAGAGCUUGAAGAAGCAAAAUCUCAAAUCAAAGAGAAGGAACUUGGUUACAAAAAGUGUGUUGAUGCUGUCUCCACACUAGAGAAAUCCAUCAAAGACCAUGACAAAAACAGAGAGGGGAGACUCAAGGACUUGGAAAAAAAUAUUAAGACUAUCAAAGCUCAGAUGCAGGCAGCUUCUAAAGAUUUAAAGAGUCAUGAAAAUGAGAAAGAAAAACUUGUGAUGGAGGAAGAAGCAAUGGUGCAAGAACAGUCGUCCUUGGAGAGCCAGUUAGCUUCAUUGAAAACCCAAAUUAGCACUCUGACUUCAGAAGUAGACGAACAGCGGGCCAAGGUUGAUGCCUUGCAGAAGAUUCAUGACGAGUCUCUUGCAGAGCUUAAGUUGAUACAUGCAAAGAUGAAGGAAUGCGAUACACAGAUAAGUGGUUUUGUCACUAACCAGGAAAAAUGUCUGCAGAACCUUAGUGACAUGAAGCUUGAGAGAAAGAGAUUAGAAAAUGAGGUAGUAAGGAUGGAGACGGAUCACAAGGAUUGUUCGGUGAAGGUAGACAAACUUGUUGAGAAGCAUACAUGGAUAGCAUCUGAAAAGCAACUUUUCGGAAAAGGAGGGACAGAUUAUGAUUUUGAGUCUUGUGAUCCUUAUGUAGCCAGAGAAAAACUUGAAAAGCUCCAGUCAGAUCAAUCAAGCUUGGAAAAAAGGGUGAACAAGAAGGUUAUGGCAAUGUUUGAAAAAGCAGAAGAUGAAUACAAUGCUCUUAUCUCCAAGAAAAUUACAAUUGAGAAUGACAAAUUUAAAAUCAAGAAAGUGAUUGAGGAGCUCGAUGAGAAGAAAAAAGAAACCCUGAAAGUUACUUGGGUUAAAGUCAAUCAGGAUUUCGGAUCGAUAUUUUCAACUCUACUACCCGGUACCAUGGCAAAACUAGAACCUCCUGAAAGCGGUAGCUUCCUCGAUGGUCUUGAGGUUCGUGUUGCCUUUGGAAAAGUUUGGAAGCAGUCUUUAUCAGAACUCAGCGGAGGACAAAGAUCUCUUCUUGCGCUGUCGCUAAUCUUGGCGUUGCUUCUCUUCAAGCCGGCUCCUCUUUAUAUAUUAGACGAGGUUGAUGCAGCUCUUGAUCUAAGUCACACACAGAACAUAGGAAGAAUGAUAAAAGCUCAUUUCCCUCACUCGCAGUUUAUCGUGGUUUCGCUGAAAGAAGGGAUGUUCAACAAUGCCAAUGUUCUUUUCCGGACAAAGUUCGUUGAUGGAGUCUCAACAGUUCAAAGGACAGUAACGAAGCCGACCAAGUGA